AUGGCCUGCUUGGUCGAGGGUGUAUACACACUCGAAAGUGAUCGCAAGCAAAAUCAAGCUCUUGCUCCUGAAUGGUGGAAAUCUUUCAAUUUUGAACUAACCCAAGUUCUAGUAGAUGAGAAGGGCCAAUCAAUUUUUGGAGCUAUUUUCAAGUCCUAUCCUAACUUCGCAGGCCAAGGUCCCCCAAAAUACGUGAUCGCCUUUCGUGGUACGGUCAACAAACUGGGAAACAUGGCUCGAGAUUAUAAGCAGAAUCUUAAGGUUUUUCUCAAUAAACUCAAGAAAAGUCCGCGUGUUCGGGCUGGCAUGGAAGUUGCUAUGAACAUUGUCCAAGAAGCAAAUGGCCCUGGAAAUGUGUUGUUGGCAGGACAUCCGCAGGUGGAAGAGGGAUAUCAUCUCGAGACCUAUCUCUUUAAUCCGCCAUUCCUUUCUUUUCCAAUUGAACAAAUAAAAAACGAGAUUUCGAAGAAUGGUCUGAGAUUAGGAAAAAAUUUCCUCACAGCAGGACUAGUUUUUGUUGCUAAAGGAGGUCACCUGACAACGCCUGGUGUAAAUGAUCCAUUUAUCGUGUUAUCUUCAUGGGCACCCCAUUUGUUCGUCAGUAAGUCCGAUCCCAUAUGUUCCAACUACGUUGGAUAUUUCGAACUCAGGGAGAUAAUGGAGAGCAUGGGAUUUGGAAAAAUUGGAAAUAUAUCGACACAAAAUUCAAUACGGAGUAUCGUGUACUAUGUAAUAGGGAAGGAUUCAGAACCAAUUCACCUUCUUCCUUCUGACUAUAAAUAUAAGUCCCACCUGUUAAAGGUUCAGGGAUGCACAUGGAAUUCGUCAAUGGUGUAA